AGUGCCACCUGUUCUACUGACUGCGAUAUCGAAGGCCGAUGUAGGCCACUCGUGCUAUCGUGCCCUUUUAUUGGGCCCCCCAUUAUUUAUGCUUCUGAUUUUCCCACCGUUCUUCGUAAAUUUUACAUUUUUGAUUUUGUUAUUGUCACUUUUACUUGCGGCCUCGUGGGAUAUUGCCUUUUCCCUCCUGAAUUUCACUUUCAUCCGUAACCGUGUCAGUCAUACGAUAGGCAGCAUACGAGUGAUUGGACUUAUUAAAGAUGUCUAAAAAAUAUCGAUACCUGUUAUGGCAUUUUCUACGAUGUACGGUCUAAUGGCAGGCCAUAGCAGUGUGAUAGUUUCACAAAUAAAAUCUGAAGAUCCAAGUGAUGUCAGUAGCGGUUCAUUGUGUCCUUCUUCACCUCAUAUUUACUCACCAUCAAAUUCGGGCCUCUCGAAUAGCCAAACAGACUUCAGUCAUAGAACAAUGGGGCCAGUUGUUGACAGUUCUAAAUCUCAGUGUCAGUCUCCAGAACAAAUGACUUUGGAACUGUAUUCUGGAAAAAUGGGUGAUCAAUCUCCAUCUUCUCCUGGUUGCUUAGAAAGCCAUCAUCAAGAUAUGUUUUGUUCUAGUACAAUGUCUGGAGAUGGUAUUAGUGCUGUAGUAGUUUCAAACUCAGAGGGUAAAUCUGGAGACUCUCCAAAGCGUUUGUGCCUGGUGUGUGGUGAUAUUGCCUCUGGAUACCACUAUGGUGUUGCUUCUUGUGAAGCCUGUAAAGCAUUUUUCAAAAGGACCAUUCAAGGAAACAUUGAAUACACAUGUCCUGCAUCUAAUGAUUGUGAAAUCAAUAAACGAAGAAGGAAAGCAUGUCAGGCUUGUAGGUUUCAGAAAUGUUUAAAAAUGGGCAUGCUGAAAGAAGGUGUCCGAUUAGACAGAGUUCGUGGCGGUAGGCAAAAAUACAGACGGUGUCAAGAAAGUCCUUACCAAGUUCAUCCAGUACCAUGUAAAAAACCUUCAUUAGAAGAGAAUAAAAUAAUUGCUGCUUUGGUAAUGUGUGAACCAGAACCACUCCAAGCACAAGCAAAUCCAGCUCUUCCAGAGUCCCAUUUCAAAACUAUAAGCACAUUAAGUGAUUUAGUUGACCGUGAGCUUGUUGCAACAAUUGGCUGGGCAAAACAGAUACCCGGGUUUACAGAUCUUACUCUAAACGACCAGAUGAAGCUUCUACAGACAACAUGGGCAGAAAUACUUUCUCUGUCCUUGGCAUAUAGAUCUUAUCAGUCGGCUAGCUCACCGCCAAAAUUGAUCUUUACAUCAGAUUUUACAAUGGAUGAACAACAAGCUGCAGAAUGUCAAGCGUCGGAAAUAUUUUCUCGUUGUAUUAGGCUAGUCAAAAGGUUGGAUGUAUUAAAUAUAGCAAGAGAAGAAUAUCUAGCAUUAAAAGCACUUUUAUUAACUAAUGCUGAUAUUCAGCUUGAAGAUUCAAAAUCUGUGUACAAACUUCGUGAUACUAUACUAACUGGACUUACAGACUGUGUUACAAUUUUUCGCACUACAAGUUAUGUCCAACAUCUGAACCAGUUGCUUCUGUGCCUGCCUCUUCUGCGGCAACUUGAUGUUGAAGUGCGCCUUUUUUGGAACAACGUACGCAAGGAGGGCAAGGUUCCAAUGAACAAAUUGUUUGUGGAAAUGUUAGAAUCUAAUGUACCUCUGUGGUAGUUUGCUUAUUAUGUACCACAUGGAAUCCAAGAUCAACCAACAAGGAGGUCUGCUGGAUGAAGAUACUGAGUUGCAAAGUGUUGGAAUGUGAUCAAAUCUCAUAACAAUCAAACAAUUGCAUCAUUUUUAACAAUGGGAUAAAUACUUUAGCUGAUAAGAGAGAACCAAAUAAUAGUUUUUGUAAUACUAGAGGCAAAAAUAUAUGUAGGGUUCAUUCUAUGUCUGUUUUCACAGGUAGUACAUUUGCCUUAGUUGCCCUUAAAUUCACAAAAUGUUGCCUCUUUGUAAUUGGUCACUGUACUAUAAUUGGUACAAAUCUAUCACAAAAAUAUAGAAUUUGUUACUUGCCAGCUGUACUGGCUGUGUAUACCUGGAAAGUAAUAGAUUUCAUAAGCUAAAAAGAGUAACAAAUAUCCAAAUGUGCUACUCAGAGUUCUAAAGCAAUAGUAAUUAUAAAGAAGUGCAUAGAAAGAAAUAACAAAUAAGGUACUCCAGUUUUUACAGAUAAGUUUUUCCUCGAAGUAUUUAUUACUUAGUAGACUAUCAUAUAAAAAGGAAAAUUUAAUAUAUUGUUAAGGUAUAUAUGUGUUUAUACACGGCAUAGGAUAUUUUGCAAAAUUUAUUUGCACAUCUAUGCAACAACUGAAAUUAUUCUUCAUCUAUCUAUAUAGGUAUUGUUGAUGCUGUUGCUUCAUUAACUACAGGAUAUUUCAUGCUAAGAUUUGCUCUUCCCCCCAACACUUAUCACAAAAAUAGUUAAAUGCCCCUUUGAAAAUAGUUAAAUUUCUAAACAAAAUAUUUGUGAAAUUGUUCUAAAUGAGAUAGACAUUAGUAGCCAUUUUGAAUGGAAAUGAAAUCCUCUUGUUUUUCACCCUCUCUCUCUCUUUUUUAAUGGGCAAGGUAAGAGUAUGCCUGUUUAAAUCCUAGAAUGAACUCAAAAAACUGCCUUUCCCCAUUAAUAAAAAUUUCAGCCUUAUUGCCAAAAACAUCUUGCUUAUCAUAGUAUAAUGCUGGUUAUAUUUUAUUAUGUUUCAAUGUAAGAAAAGGAAAGUAAAAUAUUUAUUUUACUGUUAACAUUUGGAGUAGCCUGGAAACUUUGUAGGAAAUGCUAUAGUGCCAUAAUAUAAAAUGCCAUAAUACGUGCCUGAGACAUAAAUAUGAUCACAAUUAAAAAAAUCCAGAUUUGCUUCAUAUUUUUUAUGACACUUUAAUUCAUCAUAUAUUUGCUUAUUAAAUGGAUGGAAAGGUUAUUAGGUUAUUUUGAAAGUUUUUAAAUCUGUUAAUAUUAUCACUAAGGUUGUUUUUCAAAUCAUUUUAUUGACAUACAUAAUAAGGAAUCAAAAUUAAAUUUUUAUCUAUAAUUGAAAUGAUGUCAGAAAUUUUUUAAGUUUAUUGCAAUAAUUAUAACUGACUGAGUUUGUAGGUCUUAAGUCAGUUACUUACAGUGCAUUUGAGAUAUAAAUUUGCCGUUUGUAUCAUUAAUGUACUUGUUUAUAUCAAAUUUUCUUCUGAAGAACAAAACUUCAAUAUCCACAGAAUGCUUUUCGUAGUGAAAUAUAUACCUUUUCAUUCCAAAAUGUCUGGAAGUAAAAUAGCUUUCUGUUAAAAAAAAAUAUAUAUUUAAUUGUUAUGAGGACUACACUGUAUUAUAAUUUACAUUUGGGGGGGGGGCUGGGGAAGAACUGAUUUACUUUUCUCUUGUGUCCUAAAGCAUUUGGUGAGUUUAAGAAGAUUCAAAAUCUUAUGUUUUAAAAUUAUAUACUUUAUGCAAUAUUCAAAACUGUUACCAUAUAUUUUGUUAGUUAAAUGCAAUUGAAUAUAAGAAUAGUUGGGGAUGUAUCUGCAGAUUUUUUUAUUGUAUGACAGCUAUACUGAACUCAAAACUUCAGUUUUGUAUACAAAUUUUAGUCAUCUCUUCAUUUACACCCAUAUUAAAUUAGCACAUUCAUAAUUGUAAUAUUUCCAAUUAUAACAUCUCUUGACAGCUUGUAUCUAUUCCAUUGAUUUUUUAGUAUUUAAUUGAUUUGCUAUUAAUUGUGGAUAAUUUGUUAUCUGUAUUUUUAAUGCAUAAUUUGAGCAGAAACUGUGUUAAUUUAUAAGUUAUGUGGUGUUAGAUUUAUUCUGUAUGUAAUUUAAAAUUUCAGUGUAUAGAUUUAAACAUAGCCAUUUAAGAAAAUAUAAAGCAUUCAUUUCUUUGUAUAGUAUGCACAGACCUCAUGAAACUUUUAUCAACCUUGAUGCAAACCAUUUUUCAUGUUCAUAUAUGUCCUGCCAUUACUCAUUAAAAGUGUUUCAUUGUGGUCUCAUUGUUACUGCCAUCAUUUUAGAAACAGCAGUCUUCAAAGUUAACUUUGGUGCUGCCGUUAUGAAAACAAAAAAUAAUUAGCGAAAGGGAAACCUAGGUUUCAUUUUUAUAAAUCUGGGUUUCUCAGCUUCUGUAUAUAUAAUUUUUACCUAUGAAGACAUUGGAGAAAUUUAAAUCGUGGAAAUUUUAUUAUUCACAGAAGAGCAAAGUUGUGAAUGCCUGUACUUUUCUCCAUUUGACAAUUGUGCAAAUUUCUGAGAUAUUUUUUUAAUGAUACAUUGUAUGAAAUCUAUAAAUACACACAUUACAAAUGGUAUAAAAUUUGUAAAAAUAUUUCAUUAUUUUGUUUAUACUUCAUAUUGAAUAUAUUAUAUAUUUCAUUCCAUUCGUUAAUGAAAACAUUUUAACUGAAAAUGAAUUCUAUGCAUUAAUGCCUUCUAGAAGCAAUAAACUGAAUGUUGGUUUAUUUGUGGAAAGUGUUUUUCAGUUUGAAAGCUUUACAUCACUUAAAAUUUCAUGUGAAGAUUUUUUUCAUGGCUGAUUCUUGAAUACCUCUGUUUGGAAUAUAUUGUUAGUAUUUAUUAAUUUUUGUGGAAUAAUUUAGUAUUGGGUGAAAAUUAUUCAAGUUCCUGCAGUGUAGUUUUAUCGAUUUUGGCAGCUAGUUUGGCAGCUUAAAAUAUAAAGACUUUUCAUAUUUUAAUUUUUAUCAUUGCAUGUGCUCAAGUAUAAAACUACAAUGCUUUAGUAUCAUGCUUAUUGUUUCAUCAAAAUUUCAGAAAAUAGUUUUUAUGCACCUAUUGAUAGAUUAAAUUACUUUUCUUUGAAAAUUUUAUCAUAACAAUACAGAAGUAUGCCACAAAAUAUUGAUAUAGUUCAGUUUGUAUUAUCUAGUUAAUACUUUUUAAGUGAACAAAAUUGCUUAAAUUUUUUUAAUGCUUUCCUUUGCAAUAUAUAUAAUAUGUGAUUUAUGUCCAUUUUUAAAAUAGCUAAUGUUGUUCCAUUAUUUCAUUUGUGCUACUGCUUUAUAAUGGGUUAGUUUUCCAAUACUUUAAGACUAAAAAAAAAGUGUUCAAAUUUAGUAUUUUUGCUUUUAAAGUAUUGGUUGAAACAAUCAAGGGUAAUAUUUCUCAGGUGCUGUUUAACUUUCAUAAAUUCUAAAUGCUGUGCUUCUGUGUUUUAAUAUUGCAAGUCUUCAUAUAUAGUCAUGUUUGUAUUUUAGAAGCCUUAUCUUGUAAACAUUUCAUCGAAUUAAUUAUAAUUAAUUAAUCCAAUGAUAUAAAUGUAGUACUUUGACAUAUAUUUUUGUUGUAAUCUUUAAAUGUGCUAAAAGUGUUUCAACUACCUAUUUUAAUUUUUAUUUUUCGGAGAGGUCUGAUGUGUGUCGAUGCUCUAUGCCCUGACAAUUGUUGGAUUAGCAAUGUAAUAUAACUUUUAAACUCAUUUAUGUUUCUGUAGAAUUGUUUCAGUAGGAAACUAACCUUUCUUUUUCAUUUAUCCAUUUUUUCAUACCGCUAAUAUAGAACAUAUUGUCUUUGGACUUCGUAUUUAUUUCCAUUUUUAUAGAAGUUUCUUAAGCAUGAACUGAAACCUGGAAUUAUUUAAAAGUUCUUUAAAAUACUAUGAUUUUAACUAUAUCUUUAAAAUGCUAAAUAUUUUAAUUGAUUUUCUUAAUGUGAUACAUUAUUCUUAAAAUAAACUCUAAAUUGCUUUUUAAAUGGUAGAAUAUUUAAUAUGCAAAUAGAACUUCCAUAUUAGUAUAGAUAUAAAGUAUUUUAUUUAGGGAAAAUCAGUAAUGUUUAGUUACUGCUUUCUCUAUUUGCAACAUGAGAAUAAUUAUUUCUCAUGCCACAAAUUCUAUACUAAUUAAUGUAGAGCAAGCAAAACGCAUUUGCUGCAGUAAUGGAAAAAAUGAAGACUAGUAAGCUUUCUUUCAUGUUAGAUGUGCACCAUGAAUAAGAAAAUGUAUAGUGAAUUAAUUAUAAAUUUUCUUUUAAUUUCUUAAUCAUAUAAUAAACAUAAUUAGAUUUUAUUCAAUUUAACAUUCAUUAUGUUGAUUGAUUAAAGUUCCUAUUGAGAGAUUAUAGCAAGUUUUUAAUUUUGAGCUGUUUAUCCUUAACUGCAGUGUUCAUUUUUUUAAUGCAGUUUAGUAUGAAUAUUAACAUGUAAUGAACAGGAGAAUGGCAGGCAAUUUAGUUAAAUUGGUAGUGGACCGGUUUUACAGUAAGAGUAAAAAUUACAUUUUGUUUGGAUGCUUAUUAAAAUAUACUUAAUAAAUGAAGUUUGAAAAUUUAUUUCUUCCACAUUCAAAAAUAACAAUUUAAAUCUUUUUCAUUUCUUUAAUCUGUAUAAAGUAUCUUAAAUAAAAGAUAAAGUAAGGAAUACAUAAUUUAUUUUCUGCUACUUAAAACCACAAUUUUUACUUAUUUUGCUUCCUACUUCAUAAAGCAUUACACUCACCUAUGAAAAAUACUAAUACCUCAGGUUAAGGAAGUGUUCUACUCCAAAUCUUAACUAGAACUGCAGGCUCACUUUCCACACAUUUAAAACUGAAAAUUGAAUGCAUUUUUGCAAAAAUCUUUAACUUUGGUUUUAAUAUAUUAUGAGUCUAUAAUUGAAGACCUUGAUUAUGGUUAUCAAAUAAUUACUUAUUUGACAACUGUGGUCAAGGUUUGAUUUAAAUAUAAGACUAAUACAUGUAUAUAUUUUAAUGUUAUUAAACAUUUUACUUUGACUAAAAAAACUACUCUUAAAGCUAUUUUUAAACAAUUAUCAAGUAAUUAAUUCUCACUUCUUCAGGAGAUGGUGAUAUCUUACAUUUAUUUUUAAUACUCAUCAUGCAACUAGGGAAAUUUCAUUAAAAAUUAAAAGUGAUUAUGAUGCUAAUAAAAUGCACUUUUUAAGUUUUGCAUUCUUUCUGCCAAAUAAAUGAUCUAAAUUACUUCAAAAAUAACCGUUUUUUAUUUAUUAUAUUAUUAUUUAAACACAUUUGAAACUUAUGAAUGAUUAACACUGGUUCUUUUAAUCACAUUGAUGUAGUGCAGCAAAUUUGAGAUAAGACUGCCAUAUUGUUUUAAGUUUUUUUUUUUUUAGUGUUUAUAAUUGAAAAAAUAUAAAGCCCUGCUGAAAUGAAGUGUACAAACAAUUAUGAAUAAUGCAAAUUGUGAAUCAGGAGUAAAUGUAAAGUGAUUUUAAAAAGGACUUGUAAUGCAAGCUUCAUACAGAUUAUUUCUUUAAUGCCUAUUUUAAAUAAUCAAGUUCAUUCAUCUACAGUUUAUUUAUUAUUUUUCCCCUUAUUUUGUUAUCUUGGGUCAUUUGAUAGAUAAACAGAUUAAUUUUAAAAUCUUUUUAAUGCAUUUUUAACAUGAAAUUAUAGUUUAUUUGAAUAUCAAUAUCUAAUGAAUUGAUUUAAAAGCAAAACAUAUUCUACUCUGCAUUUAUUCAGUUAAAGUUGAAUACAUCAUUAAAUACAGGGUAGCUUAUUGGGGGAAAAGCUUCUUUCCAGUAUUAAUAUGGCAAGGUUGGCAUCAUCUUUCUAGGGUGAUAUGAAGGAAAGGAAAAUAAAACUGGAACACUGCUUUAUUUAGCAGCACAAAGUUGCCUGACGGACUGACAGCAGACAGAGCAAGGGGUUACAACCUCCUUUAUCCUUCAAUACCUCACAAUAGUAUUGAAGGUGGCUUACUUUUCCAUGGGCCAUGUUAUAUGUAGCAGAACUUUUUUGAAUUUUUAUCAACUAAUAAUGAAAGGUAACCAAACAUGAACAAAGCAAACAAACUUAAAAUUAAUUCUGAAAACAAUGAAAAUUAUAUCGAAAACACAAUUUUAUAUGAGAUGAUAAUUGUCUUUCUCAAGGAGGAGAUAAGAGAAUUAUCAGCAGACUGUCUUGGCUACUCCUUAAAAAAGAACACAAGAAUUGAAUUGUCAACUAAUUAAAAUUUUUGUUUUCAGGAUUAACUUCCUGUUUUCUUUCUUAACCUUCCGUCAUUUAUUGAAAAUUCAAAAUAUUUGUAUUUUAUUCACAUUAAUUGUUUAGCAUUUUUUUGGUCUAUAUUAGUGUUAAUAAAAUAUUCCCCAAUUUUUCCUCUAAAUAUAUUGCUGGUUUUCUCUAAUAUAUAUGUAACAUAAUUUCUUGUGGAAGGAGCAUAGAAUUAUCUAUCAAGUCUAUUUUAAAACCUCAAGCUUUUUUAACCCUCCAAGGGUUAUGGCCAUAAAAUUCUGUAUCAAAGAAUGGCUUUGAUUUGCUUGAAAAUUUCUGUUAUACUCUGAUCUGUUUGAUUUCGAGUUGGAAGGAGAGGAUUAAGGUACAAAGUGAAAAGAUCCUUUUUGAAUUAUGAUCAAGAAAAUACCGUUUAUUCGUGAUAUUUUAGGGAACUAUGAAAUUUCAGGGCCAAACCCGUAAUACUUGGAGGGUUAAAAAAAGUAUCUGAAUUUACACUUCUAAAAAGUAAGUUUUAUUUGUUUAUAAAUGAUAACUGCUACAUUAAUAGUUAUAUGCUUUGCCCUUUGUUAUUAAUUUCUUUGAAGAUAAUUAUAAUUUUUAAUAUUUCGUUAGAAUAAAGCAUAUUGUCUGUCUUGUCAUAAGAACUACUGUAAUGCAUCUAACUGGAGGUAACUGGUAAUAAGUAGGCUUUACACAUUUUAGGUAGAGGUGAGUCAGGAACAAGUGUUAUUGUUAUAACAAAUGUUGGUUGGAGAAGGGACAAAACAAUGCCGUAAAGAUAUUUUUACUUAAAGCAAAAUUUCAUUUUGUUUUUUCUUAAUAAAUAAAUUCAGUUAUAUUUUUAAUAUAUAAAUGUAACUGUCCCUCAUUCUUUUAACCCCCCUACAAGAUAAUUUGCUUUUAUGCAUUUUAGUAUGCCAUUACCUUAUGCAUAAGUGCUGGAUUUUAAACUUAAUGCUAAAUACUUUGCAAGCUAAGAAUCAUUUAUCAGUUCAAAUGUUCUAUCAUAAUCUAAUCUUCAAAAAUUAAUUUUAAAUGCUACAGCUUUUCAAUAAAUUAUUUUCUAGGAAUUCAGAUACUUCUCUGCCUAACAUAGGAAGCACAGUUAUUGGGCAUAUAGCACAAAACUGAGUUAUAUUUUAUAGAAUGUGAUGAGUACUAUAUUUAAAGCUGAAAUUUAAACUAAUACUCAAUAAUGUGUUUCUUUCAUACUUCAUUACAAUUUUUUAAGAACUUAACAGAUAAACACUUGUGUUUGAUAUGUAUGUAUGUAUGUAUAUUUUUUUGACUCAUUCUGAUAUAUAGACAUUUACUGGACUAAGAAAGGUGAAAUAUUUGUUUCAAUUUUGCUGUUUUGGUCAAUGAUAGUACAAAGAUUAUAUAAAUUUCUGCUUUUGUAUAAUUCUGCUACUCAUUGCUGGUAUGUAUAUUUAUUUGUCUUAAGAAUAACCUGAGAAUUUUUUAAUCAAAAUUUAAAAUGGGUGGAAAAUAAUGAACACAGUAAUUUCUGCAUUGUUAAAUCACCUUGCAUUUCACUUGAAUCAUUCAUGUAAUUUUUUACUUCUUGAUUACAAGAUCUUUGGAUUUGUACCUGAAAUCUUUUUUGAACGUCUUUCGCAUAGACAGUGCUUUCAUCAAGUAAAGAUCAUGAUUAUUUUAUUCCUAGAACAAUGUUGUCCCGUCCGUUUGGCACUUUAGAUAAAACAUGCUGUCUAUAUAGUUGCUGUGAUAAAUCAAUUCAUUACCAAUGUUUACUUUGUGUUGUCAGAUAUCUAGAAUCUAGGAUUCCUGCAAUAAUAUUCUGAUGUAUUUGUUCUGCAAGUUUUUUUUUUUUUUAAUGUAGUCAUUGAAAAAUGUAAAACAAUAUUGUAGAUGAAUGAAGAUAUUUAUGUUUUCUCAGGUGUAUAACAGUGAAUCCCUCCCCUCUUGGUGGAUGUAAAUAUUAUGCUGUUAUAUUCGUUGUGUCGUAAUUGGAAUUUUUUUCCCUUCAAUUUUCAAGAGAAUUCUUAAGGUCAUCCUUGUAGGGAGUGGUUGAAAAUAUGUGUUUCCGUUUUGCAUUUCACAUAUAUUUUGAAGCACAGUUUUUUAUAAAAUUAAAUUUGUCUGAUGCAUUUGAGAAUAUAAUUAAAGCUAUAUUUUGGUUUAAAGUUCUCAGUACUUCAUCUCAUUAAUGGUAUUGUUUUACAUUUGUAAUAUGUGUCAUUUUAUUGAAAUAGAAAUCAUUAUUGUAGGUGACGCACGGGCAAAUUGAAACUGAUAAUUUACCCACCGAUUAUUUUUCUAGCAUCAUGGGCUUUUGAAAUCUCAUUAUCAUAAGAAUGGUCUGCUAACUGAAUUAAGUAAUUUUUUUGCAAUUAGCAAUGUAUUUUGUUAUACUUAAAAUAAAUUUUAAGUCCUAUUCAAAUUGCAGAAUCUGUCUGGUAAAUGUAGUAAUUUGAAAAAUUGUGUAUUUUUGCAAUACGAAAUAUGUUGUGCUCUUUAAUGAUUAAAUUAUUUCACUGUUCCUUAUGUUUUAUGGAAAUACUUGUUAUUUUCUUAAAAUAUAAAGAGAAAUUGUGAAUUUUAAUAAGACUUUGAGACAAUCCAGUGAUUCACAUAUUUCCUCUAAAUAGUGCAUUCCUGCAACUGUUUUUUGUGGUGGUCUAGCAACAUUUGAAAAGGCCUAAGUAUACCGUAGUUUAUAGUUGGCUUUUAAUGUGAAUAGAUAAUGAGGAUGUUUGUUAAGGUUCUAAAGCUUAAGAUAAAAUGCAUAUUUGGAAAUCCAUCCAUAAAUGCAAGUGUGGAAGGUUUAACAAUAUUGUGACUUUAUUUUUAAAAAAAGAAUUAGAAUAAGAAAAUAUUUGUUUCUUGAGCUGCAUAACUAGUAACUGAGUAAAAAUAAAUAUUUAGAAAUCAUGCAAAGUUACUUUUCUUAAAAGCUUUUUUGAUGUCAUGUUACUUCAAAUAUCUUGUGCAUUAUUUAGUGAAUAAAGGUAUUCUUGGUUUACAUUGCCACAAAUUGUUAUACUGACCUAAUUUUAGAAGUUAAUAAUUAUGGUGCUUAAUAACUAUGCAAUUUUGUGUUUUUUUGGAUGAUUGUAAUUAUAUUUCUGUAAUGAAUUCAUACAAAUUUACAGUACUGAUAAGUUCAGUAUUAAAAAAAUAAUUUAAUUAUUUCUAUUAAUAUUUGCUCUUUCUUCCACUUUCUGGAUCUUCAAAAUUUUUUAUGUAUCAUUUUAUAUGUAGUAUUUAAUGUCGUUACAAUUUGCAGUGUGAAAUUUUCCAAAGCUUUCUGUCAUUUGACAGAUACAUUUGUUGUAAUUGUUAGAAUUUAUUUAAAUGUUUUAUGAGACUGUAAUUCUGUCUAAAUGUCAUUAAAUAUUGAGAUCAAAAUUUAAAACGUUGUGCAUAGAUAAAGCAAUAAUUUAGGAAAGUUAUGCAUGUGUAAAAGAUCCAGUUUAUUAAAUGCAUAGAGAAAGCUUGGAUAUAGAUUUCAGUGUGAAAUAGUAAAUGUUAGCAUGAGAUAAAAGAAAAGAAUUCAGUGCUACCAUUAUUUAGGAAAUUAGCAUUAACCCAGCCUAGCUUACAUGUUUAAAAGGGAAAGAAACUUCUUCCGUGUUAUAUAGAUGAUGCAUUUUGCUAGGCCUGUAUAGGUUUGAAUAGAUCCUUUAACUGAAAAUGUGUAGAAAAAGACUAUUGUAUUAGUUGACAUUAGCUUGUUGAUGUAUAGUAAUGUUUAACUCUGUUACAACUAAUGUUGGUGAUUAGAGAUUAAAACUUAAAUCAGUAUACAUUUUAAGACAUAUAGAUGGCAUGUUAAAUAAAAUGUUUGCAAAUAAAAAAAAGAAUAUUUCCAGGGCUCCCUUAAAGAGAUAAGUGAUACAAAGAUGUAUAUAUUUCUUUCUUAUAUGAAAAUUACCAUCAUAUGUAUUUUAAAACCUUUUUAAAAAUAAUUUCAUUUACUUAAAUAAUUUGGUUUAUAUUUAUAGGUUAAAAGACUGCUGUUUUUUUAAUACCAUUGCUUUAAAUUGGAGGGCCCUCUUGUAUCUUGAAAUGUAUAAUUAAUGUUCAGUUAAAUUUAAGGUCUAUGCUAAAUGUUAAAUCUUCUGAAAUAAUUUGAAUAAAUAUUAUUUUAUUAUUCUUGUUAAUUCUAUGAUAACUGUUAAAUGUAUGAAAUUAAACUAUGUGUAAAUUUUAAAAUAUAAGAGCUUAGAAAUAUAAAACAGACGAAAGACUUCCUAUAUGUAUGAUGUGAGGUUAUGAUGGAUUUUUUUAAAAAUUGUUUUUCAGAUUGCAAAUAAAACACAAAGUAUAUAGUGUGCUUGUUGAACAAAAUGUGAGAUGUAUUCAGUUUAACUAGGAAAAACCAAAAAAUUUUGUUUUGGUAAAAUUUGUCAUUUUAUUGUUUAAAAAUUAAUAAUUGAAAAAUACAGGGAAAAACUAUUUCAUGUCUAUAAAGAAGCAAGCACAGUUUUAUUUUGUGUUUUCUUAUUGUAUGUGUGUGUAUAGAAUUUGAAGAGUACAAACAUGCCAUCCAGAAAUUUAUUUUGUAAACAAACAUGUUGAGCAUUGUGUUAUUCUAGUUUUUACCUUUCAAAUUGGAAGACUGUAUAUUUCGCAGUUAUCAGUUUGUCCAAUAAAACUCUGUGAUGUGAAAAAGGUGACAGUUUAUUUUGUAAUGCAAAUUAUCUAGACUGAUAAAUCUAGAUAUGUCAGUUAUCCCCACAACUUCCUCUAUUAAAUAUUUGAUAUAUGUAAAGCCGUUUAAAAGUAGUUUUAACCUUUUAAACAUGGCAGUUUAAUUUAACAAUAAAAUAAUUUUAAUUUAUCACAUUGAGAGUAAUUAAGCAAAAAUUCCUUUCUAUGUAAUAAAUUUUUGAAAUAGUAAUUAAUUUUUUUCAGUGGUGGCUUAGCUAACUGUACUACAAAAAUAAAUCGAACCAACUCUACAUGUUUAUGAAUUUUGAAAUGCUGCCUUGGUAAAAGGUUAAGAUUUAUUUGUAUCAAAUUUUUUUGCAACUGUAUUUUCUUUUUGCAUUUAGACUUAAAACAGAUUCAACAAGAAUGUUUUAAAUAGAAAUUUUUAUUGGGAGUCUGCAUAAAUGUGUCACAUUCAAGAAUUUUAUUGCAAAGACCUUCAAAGAAGUAUUAGUUUCUUUUAUCUUAUAGAUGUUAAGCCUAAAGAUUGAGAGUUAUUGCCUAUUUAAAGAGUAUUGUAUAGAAACCUGUUUUUUUAUUAUUAUUAUUGUUAGUACUGAAUUGCAGAAACACCAUUUCUGUAAUGUUUCGAGUUAUUUAGGGGCUGUAUGAUAAUUUUGCUGUCUUUAAAAGCAGCAAUGUUUGCUGUAGCUGGUAGAGGUUGCUAGCAUUUGUAUAUAGUUUAGCAUGUUCAUUCCCUUGUGAGGGAAAAUGUAUCAUGUGCCACUGACUCAUUGCCAGCCAAUAAACUGUUCAGUGGGUUUGAA